CCUCGGCUCUCACCAUGUUCCCCUUCGAUUCGGCUUGUCAGAGUCGCUGGCAUUUCAAGAUGAUGCGAAAAGGAAACAUCCCACAAGCAUCUCAGACACUAUUCAUGAAAAUUUCACAAUGGCAAUGAUGAAAGCCAUCCAUAUCCCAAAAUUCCACGGCGAGGACAUCUCCACUCUCUCCCCAUCCGAAGUCCCCGUACCAAAACCAAAGCCCAAUGAGUUUCUAAUCCGCAUCACGCAUUGCUCGCCUCAACAUGCCGAUAUCCUACACGCCCAAGGCAAGCACCAGAAUAACACCAAGCGAGGAUGGUGUCAUCCGCCUUUUGUAUCAAGUUCCUGAGGACUUUCUACAAAAAGGCCACGGGUUAACAAACGUGCUUGCAGAUCCUUGGCUACGACUUCGCCGGAAUCGUACAAACCCUUCCCUCCUCCUCCUCCUCCUCAAACGGCAGACGAAACCACAACCUCAAAAAAGGUGACCGCGUGUUUGGUGCCAAUAUAGGCGCUUUUGCAGAGUACAUCUGUGUCACUGAAGACUAUAUUCAACCUGUCCCCGAAAAACUUUCGAGUGAGACUGCAGUUGCCAUGUCCGGACAAGCAGUUAGUUAUGCUUCUGUCGUGCACAUUGCGAAGGUGCAAAAGGGGGAAACAGUCCUAGUCAGUGGAGCGAGCGGUGGGUUAGGCAGCGUUUGCUGUAAGGUAGCAAAAGCUGUAGGAGCUCGAGUCAUCGCACUCACAGGCGACCGCGCGAAGGCGGAAUUCAUGAGAAGAGAUAUGGAUGUUGACCGAGUAGUCGUCAUGGAAGAGGGAUGGAUAGAGAAAGUCCUAGAAUUCACUCGCGGAAACGGUGUCGAAGUAUGCUUGGAUAAUACCGGGAUGGUCAACGACGCCAUCAAAUGUCUGGCCUAUUUCGGUCGCGUCGUGAUUCUCGGCUUCGCUGCACGGAAAGGGGUGAUGGAGGAGGUUAAAAUGAAUAAACUCCUUCUCAAGUCUGCUACUGUCAUUGGAUACCGUUUUGGUGAGAGUGGGAGGAGGUAUCCGAAGACUUUGGAACAGAUUUGGAAGGGAUAUCUUGCAAUGCUGGAGAGCGGUCGCUUGAAAGCGAUGAUCUUUGGAAAGUAUGAAGGCUUGGAAGAUAUGGGCAGAGCGCUGCAGGAUUUACAUGAUCGUAAGGUCUAUGGCAAAAUUGUGGUGAAGGUCGCUGAUGUUCCUUCACAACUUGGCAAAUUGUGA